AUGGAGAUGAGACCCAUGGAACCCGAGGAUCUAGUCGAGGUGAAGCGAUUGCACGAGCAGUGCUUCCCGGUCCGCUACGACAUGGCUUUCUACGAGAACGUCGUCCGAGGCUUCAUCGCGCGAGGAAAAGGCGACGUCGAGGAGCCGCUCUACACCCAGGUGGCUGUGGUGCCUCCCCCCGCCGACGGCUGCUGCGGGUGGCCCGGGAGCGAUAGCCACGCCGAAGAGUGCCCAGCGGACGGAGACAGCCCGGGCCAAUCGGAGACCGGCGAACAGUCCCGACGAUAUCCCCCCCACGGGGGUGACGUCAGCGGGUGCGGAGACGCAGCAGAACAGGGUGCUGCCACUGGGCAGGGGUGCGGUGGGACGGAGCGCAAAGGGAGAGCAACCCCGGGAUCGGGAUGCCCGCUGGCUGAUGCCGGGGGCGGGAGCGAAGAUAGUCUCGACGAGGGAGGAGCGGACGGGGGGCGGGAGAGGCGGGGGGAAAUCGCCGGCCUUAUUACUUGCCAGGUUAUGCCUCUCAGUCGAUGUAGAGAUCAGGAUCGAUUGGGGCUCAACACGUCGUAUGGGGGGGGAGGAGGUGCUGCGCACAGCGAGGUCGUCUACAUCCUGACGCUUGGCACAGAGACCAGGUACCGAAGACAGGGGAUAGGGCGCGCGCUGCUGCGCCGGUGCGUGUGGCUGUCUAGGCAGGAGAAAUCCAUCGGAGCCGUCUAUCUGCACGUCAUCACCACCAACCCUGCGGCACACCGGUUCUACGAGUCGGAGGGCUUUGUGCAAGUGUGCUGCAUUAGCGACUACUAUCGAAUAAACGGAGAGCUGUACGACUGCUACCUGUACGCGCUGUUCGUUAACGGCGCCCAACCUCCGGGAGAGCGGGGCUGGGGCAUCCAGAGCCUUUCUAGGCGGCUUCUCUCCAUCAUCUCCUUCUUUCGGAGGACCCUUGGCCAGGUGCCGGAAGAGGGGAAGCUCGCUGCGGCGGUGGCGGCCGCUGGCGGCACGUCCGCCCUGGAGCAGGAGCAACAGGACCGAGGGCCGGAAGACAUGGAGCAAGGCGAAGAGAGCCGCCGAAUGAUUUCGCCGUUCGCGGCCGAGGCGGCUGCUACGGGUGCGGCGGCCGCCGCUUACCGAAAAAGCGGGGUCGCCAGAGGUGGCGGCGACCAAUCAUCGGCUGCUGCUACCGGGGCGGGCACUCCUCUGCACCCCUCUGGAAGAGGGUUCGCGAACGGACCGCUGCGCACCCCCGCACACAGGGGUAGCGAUGGCAGCCCCCGUAUCGAUUCGCUCGAGGGAAGCAAGGAGGACACCGACUCGGCGCACGGAGGAGCAAGAAAAACAAUUGUGACCUUGUGGAACGCGGUGGGCAUGGGUGCGUGGGCACGGGGUGGGGCGGAGGACCGUUGCUCCGUGGACAAGUUUCGAGACGUUGUCGAGGUGGGACCGGGAGGUGUCUACGACGUAUCAUCGAAUGGCGGUGGCGACCGACAUUGGGGUGGGCGUGGGCAGGAGCCCGUAUGACCCUAACGAGAAUCGCGUCGACGUGUUUGACAUUUUCACGUAGGCGGAGGCGCCCCUCCCCCCCCCCCCCCCCCGGUACCACCGGGCGCUUGCGUUGGCGCAUCGUUAGAGUUUCUGGGUUUGGUAUUUCUUUUGUUGGUGGUGGCGUGGUGGAGGUGAGGGGGUCUAUACGCGGAGAGCUUCGUAGCUGGGAAGGAACGGUGUCUUGUGUCUGUUACGCUGUGUGUACAUAUGUCAUGAGGUGUGAUAGAGCUCCGACAGUAUUGAUCUCUGAAGAUGCUGCGAGGGCACUAUGACAGCAGUAGGCGUCUCUAUCUUCCCUUUGCGAAGUGUAGAGCGGCGUAAAUCAUGUUGCAGCGCUCCGAAGUGUACGAAAAUGGACCCCUAAGGCCUUCCAACUGCGUUGGUGAGGUAGUCAGCAAUCAUGUAGUGGUGAAUUGUCGAGACGUGGCGUAUUUUGCCCAAUUCCAGACUCUCGCUGGUCGCUUUGAUAAUAAUGUGAUUAUGCACAGGUGCUUGAUGCCUCCGUCGGUGGCAUCUUGAAAUCCUGGACGGAUAGAAAGUG